CCAAGGUUAGAUGGCAGGAUGAACUGCCCACUGGACAUGACGUUAGCGGCUUGGGGUUUUUGAAGCUGAAAAGGCUCCAGAGUGAGAGCCGCCAAAUUUAAGUCAGUUCCUGGGGUUUAGUCAGAGGGCAUCUCCUGGAGAUGAUAAUUUUUCUGGCGCUCCCUAAGAAUCUGGUUUGAUGAUCUAAUCUCUGCUAGUCUUUAGCACUGAAAAUGGGGCGCUGUGGUUCCAGGACAAGCCUAGCUUGGAGUAUCCAAAACUCUAGAGUAUACUUGAGGUAAAUUCCACGAGAGACCAUACGCCUAAAAGCCAUAGGGAAAUUAAAUGGUAAAUGGCGUGAAACUUUACAAAAAAACCUUACAGCACCUUGAAGCAAAAUUGGCAGCUUCAGAGAAAAUGCACAGAUUCCAACAACCCCACCCUCCUCCUAAAAGCCAAGCUCUGGAAUGUGUCUGCAGAUUCGAGUUCCACCCGAAUCUUUAUUAGCUAGCAGGAACCAGGGCAGCGCAAGUGUCAGGGUCCUAACGUGAACAACAGCCCCUCAACAUGCCAGAGCCAUGAGAGAGAGCUACAAGCUUUUGACCACAUGUCUUCCAUGGAAAGUGUUCAGGAAGUCAGUCGGUUUCUAGGGGGUGGAGACAGUGUAAAGGAGCCUCCCCUUCUGGGUCGCGUAUGUGCCCCAUCACUUCCUGAUUGGCUUGUGAUUUCAGACAAAAGAAACAAGCAAACAAAAAUAUUCUCAAAGAUUCGUGCCUGAUUAACCCAGCAGUCAGUUUCUAGUGGGCAGGAUUCCUCAACUUGAAACCUGUUUCUCAUUUGUUCAACAAGUGAGAAAGUAGUUUGAAGAACCAGUGAGGGCCAGGCUUAGUGGCCCACAGUUUUGGUCAUAGCAUUCCGGGGCAGAGGCAGAUAGAUCUCUGCGAGUUCAAGGCUAGCCUGGUCUACAUCGCGAGUUCCAGGCCAGUCAAAACUACAUAGUGAGACCCUGUUUUUAUUUUUUGUUUAUUUUUGUUUUAGAUUUAUUUAUUUCAUGUAUAUGAGUACACUGUAGUUGUCUUCAGACACACCAGAAGAGGGCAUCAGAUGGUUGUGCGCCACCAUGUGGUUGCUGGGAAUUGAACUCAGGACCAUCUGGAAGAGCAGUCAGUGCUCUUAACCGCUGAGCCAUCUCUCCAACCUUGUCUUUAAAGAAAGAAAGAAAAACCACUGAGGCAGGAGUAUCAAGAGUUCAAUACCAACCAGAGCUACACAGCAGAGAUGAAGAAAGAGAAAAAGAAGAGAGGGGAGAUGGGAAACUGUGGGGUGGGAGGCACAACCACUAUACCUUUAACCCUUUGGGGAGAAUUGAUGUUCUGAACAGAGACUUCUGCAUUUUCUUUUUUUAAUUAACUAACUUAUUUAAUGUGUAUGGGUUUACAUGUAUGUGUCUAUGUAACAUGAACAUGCAGUGCCACAGAGUCUAGAAGUUGUUAGAUCUCAUAGACCUAUAGCUAUAGACAGUUUUACUGGCUAUGGAGGGGCUUCUUUGAGAGCAACAAUUGCUCUUAAUCGAUGAGCUUUCUCUCUGAUACCUUGUAUUCAAAACAUAAUUUUUAGAUUUACAUAUUUUUGUGUGUAUGAGUGUUUGCCUGCAUGUGUUUGCCUGUAUGUGUUCUUAUGUGAGGCUAGAAGAGGGCAUCAGAUCUUCUGGAAUUGGAGUUAAGGGCAGUUGUAAGCCACAUGUGGGGUGCUAGGAACUGAACCUGGGUCCUCUGCAAAUAUAGACAAGUUUUUUGUUUGUUUAGUUUUUAGCUGCUGAGCCAUCCCGCUGGUCCCAUACUUUUGUUGUGUGUGUUCUAAAUCUUUUAUUUAUUUGCUUGUUUGCUCACAUGUGUAUGUGUAUGGAAGUGCUCCAGCUAGGGUGGGCAUGCAUGCCUAGAGGUCAGAGGGCAACUUUCAGAAGUCAGUUCCUUCUUUCAUCCUCUAGGACCCAGGGACAGAACUCAGGUCAUCUGUGUUGGGGGCAAGUACCUUUAUCUGCUGAGCCAUCUCACAGCAUGCGAUCUCUGCCAUAUAUAUAUAUAUAGCAGUGCCUCCUAGGUGUGCACAAGCAUUGGCAUUUCAGAAAUCUAUCCACCUCUCUAAGCUCAGGGACUCCCUCUUGCACUCUAGUCACAGCCGCUGGGAGUAGCAGGCCCCUUCCCUCCAGCCACACCAUGGUGGAGCUGAUUGAAAAGCUACCAGAGGAAGUUUUGGGGCUCAUCUUCCGUGACCUGCCUCUCAGGGACCGUGCUGUAGCAGCCAGAGUCUGCAGGGCCUGGGCUGCCGCUGCCACUAACAGUGCUGUGUGGUAUGAUACAAGCAUCAGUGGUGCCACUGCUAAUUCCUUUCUGUGUCGCUUCCUACAUAAGUUGUGACUGUGAGCUGGAAAACUUGUUGCCACCGGGUUUGUCCGCCUGCCUAGACCACAUUCACAACCUGAGCCUGGAAUAUGAACCAUCAAAGAAGCCCAGCCGCAGAACGGCCACCGAGCUGCUGACUGCCCUGGCCAGCCGAGCCCCGAGGCUUCGAGGCCUGCGCUUGGAAUGUCGGGGAGAGAAGCCGCUUUUUGAUGCGGGCCGCGACAUCCUGGGCGCCCUGCACACAGUCUGCGGAGCCGCUCACCAACUGCGCCACCUCGACCUGCGCCACUUGCCCUACACAGUGGACGACACUUUGGUGCUUAAGGUUGCUGGUGGUUGUCCCGAGCUCCGCAGUCUUUUCCUGGACAACCAUGCACUAGUGAACAGCGUACAGCCCGCCUCUGUGCUUAGGCUAUUGGAGGCUUGCCCUCACCUGCGCGCCCUUGGACUGCACCUUGCUAGUAUGUCGCGUGCCGCGUUAGAAUUGCUAGCCGCUCCGCAUCGCGCCCCUUUUACACUUCUGGCACUGAAGUGCGCGUGCCCCGAAGAUGCUCGUGCUUCCCCUCUGCCUGAUGAAGCCUGGGCGACACUAACUUGCUAUCAUCCCGGGCUGAAGGUGGAGCUGGAGCUGGAGCCUGUGCUUCCAGAUGAGGCCGUGUCUCGCAUCCUGCAACCAGCAGUACCAGUGGCUGUGCUGCGUCUCAACCUCUCUGGUGACACAGUAGGACCGGUGCGCUUCGCAGCGCGCCACUACGCCGAAACUUUGCGCGCCCUCGAGGUGCGCGCGUCCGCUUCCACCGAGCUGCACACCGCGCUGGAGGAGCUGGCGGCGCGCUGCGCGGGCUUGAGAGAGAUACACUGCUUCUGCGUGGUGAGACCCUCUGUACUGGAUGCCUUCCGCGCGCAUUGUCCGCGCCUGCGCAGCUAUACGCUCAAACUAAAGCGUGAACCGCAUCCCUGGCGGCCGACACUGAUGCGGUGAUUGGGCAAUCUCACCCCACCAGGACCGCGCGAACCUGAAGCCGGGGAAAGGCCUAAGCAAGUUGCGCAGACACGCCCCAAUUGCUAGCCUCUUCUUUAGGGGCUCCGUUGACUACGGUGCUUCUUGGGAAUUGGGGUCUAUGAGGGCAUCCAGACCAAUCCCGGGUACUAUAAAUUCAGCGAGCCCUCUCAACCUCAGUGGCUCUGUCCAUUCUGGGCCCUCCCUCCUCUCUAUGCACUCGCAUUAGCUCUGAGGCCCAGAACUGGGGGAGGGCAGGCACAAGUAGGAGCCAAGAGUCAAGGGUGAGUGUAAAGUAAAUAAAUCCUUUAAUAUUCCUG